AUGGCAUCUUCAAACUCACAACACACACGCCCUCCUGGUUCUUGUAGUUCUACCGGACAAUCUACACCACCCGUCGGAAACAACCCACCGGAACUGCAUCCACACGCUUCAAACGUCAACAGAAAGAAGAGACUCACCCACGGCCAACUGGCUACCCGCCUUUCUAUGCCAAGCAAACGCCGUCAAACUGAAAUCAACACUGCCUCCAGCCCACGUCGGAAAGAAGAGGUUAAUCUUUUGAAGGACAUUCUUGACUUUUACCAUAAAACUCAGACGUACCCAGAUGCUGACCUGGACAACCUGAUAAAAUUCUAUCUGCAAUGGAUUCAAGGACGCGUUGAGGCUUAUGCAGAUGAAUUUGAAGUGGGUAAAAAGAUCGAUGAAUUGAAUUUUAGAUUCUUUAAGAAAAUAGGGAAGAAACUGAAUGGUGAAGAUGUUGAAGGUGCGAUGGAUCCUAUUGACAUUGAAAUCUUUCAAUUGUCAAAUCUGAUUUGGGGAUUAGAAGAUGAUCAUGGUGGUAUGGAAGCUUCAUCGACAAAAGCGAACGAAGUUGGAUCUUCAGCUUUGGCUCGUUAG